AUGAACGCUGAUGGGAAUGGUUCACAAGAGGGUGGAACUGGAAACGAGUAUGGGAGCAGCGAGGAAACCGCCGCCCUCAUAACAAGGACACCCGUGGUACCGGUGGUGGUGCCUUCAACACCGCAGGGGAAACCGGUACUCACGAGACAAGAUAGAGCCACCUUUCUUGUAGCAUCGCCUCAGCUAUCAGCGUCAGGGCUUGGUGGCUCCGAAGAGAGUGCUAGUAACGAAGAUCCUGCCACUAGAUCGGUACCAGACAUAGAGCUGCAUUGCAGGCUGGAUAGUGAGCCUCAAUCUGUUUUGACCCCCAUCCCUCCACAUUACCGAUCCAGACUCACGUCGUACCAUCACAGAUGUCGCUGCGAAAGAGACAGGAGAGACUCUUUGGCUCCUUCAUCGGCACUACAUCUAGCUCGGAGUGUUUCAAGGGAAAGUGUGAAAAGCGGACACCAGUGUUGUCCAUGUCAAGCCCCGCCGCCACCGGUCUUAGUCACCACCGCGCCGAGUGCGCGGAUGAUCAGGCAGAGUUCUCAGCCGGAAGCUUCUGUUUGUUGUUGCUCGGGGUGCUGCUGUCCCCUGCAUGCAGGAAAUGCUCCCAGCGCGGCCUCGUUGCGGCAACUGCGCGAACCUGGCGACGGAAUUGCCGGUAUCGCAGCGGACUCGCUCAGGAUCAAUGGCGGCAUCCGACAGUUCCGGCAGUUUCCUUGGUGGUGCAAAUCGUCGCCUACCACGACUGCAACGACUCCGCCUCCGCCGGUACCCAGAUCUGGUUCCGGUUGUGGUACCGCUUCUGCAUCUGGUUCCGGUGUCCAGGGCGUCCUCCUCUGCCCACGUACUCUUGCUCAGGUUCGCCGAUCCAGGCUAAGAAGAGCCCUCACCGAAGCUACUGCCGAGACCGUCAACUACGUCAAGACGGUGCGAAUACCAAAAACAAAAUUCUUCUUAACGUUCUCACAAUUAGUCGUUCUCCAAAUCACACCAACCACCAAUCACUUAUCACCAUCCUAG